CAUGGAGGCCGUCAGCGCUGUCAACGCCACACAGGACGAGCUCCGCCUCCUGCCCCUGCCUGAUGACGACCCAGGCAACCUUGGUUACCAUGACUACGACCCGAAUGCCAGCGGCGCCAACUCCCCAGCGUUGCCUCCGUUGGUGUUUGAGGGAGUGGAUUUCCCAGAAGACCCCAUUAAACUUCUGAGUGUGCAGGUGGUGUUGAUCUUGGCCUACAGCACCAUCAUCGUGCUGGGGGUUCUGGGUAAUUCUCUGGUCAUCUACGUCAUCUACCGCUUCAAGACGCUCCGAACUGUCACCAACUUCUUCAUCGCCAACCUGGCUGUCG